UACUCGGCCAAAUAAGGUGAAUGAGGUGUCCUUGGAUAGCCUUUGAAGUAUAUUUUCAUAUUUGAGUGGUCUCUGUUCGAGGGGAGAGGGUUAUCUUACAAAAAUCGAGCUGGAGUGAGCGGUGGUCUGUAAACUCGAGCUGUGAGAGUGCUGAGGCUGUUUGGUUGAUAUCUCGAGUUAUACCAAUCCAAUUAAGGCGUGUGAGAUACCAAGAGAAAGCUCUCAAGACGAGGAAUCCGUGAAGGUCUGGUUUGCUUCAAUCGGAGUAGUGGAAGGCUUCCAAAUCGUCCGAGCAAAACACAACCGCGCAGAAACGGAUUUACUCUUCUAAAGAAACGAGUUAGCCGGAAAACACCCAUUCUAGGGGCUGUUUUCGUACCAACGUUUAGGGGUUGAACUAUCACUUUGAGGAGGCUGUUUAACACUCAUUUCUAAGCAAGGAAUCAGUUCUCAAGCUUCCUUGGCCGAGGCUUUGGUCAUUGGAUUGAGAAGGAAAGUUUUAAAGCUCAAUUGAGGUAAAGAUCGACAUCUAGUUGCUUACAACUUGUAGGUUAAGCAUAAGAUUACCUAAAUGCCUAAAUAAUGUUUUCCAUGGAUUAUGAUGAUAACUUAUUGAUGGAAUAUUGAUCGAUUUUCCAAAGAAUGAAAUGGGAAAUGAUUUGGUAAAGUAUUGAUAAAAAUGGAGUUAAAUGAACUAUUGUGUGAAAUAGGCAUUUUACUCAUGUGUGAAUUGUGUAGAUACAUAGAUGAUUAUUUAUGUAUUACAUUGAAUGAUUAAGUUGCUACUACAUAUCUCUAAAUAUGUAGGGUUUUACAUAUGAAAUAUAUGAUGGAUAAGAAUAAUCUUAAUAGUAUUGAAAUACUAGUUAAUGAUUGUUGUAAUUGUUGAGGAAUUGAAUCUAAGGAUUUGAUUGUAAUUGAUGAACUUGAUUGUGAUGCAAGUGACUAAAUUGAUGUAAUGUGAUGCUAAGACCAUGGUUGGGCAGUCCGUAAGGAUGUCCCACAAUAGAUUAUUGAUAUUACAAUUCUAGGCAUAGCGAGUGCUUAGGAAUUGGGGUCUAUGCCAAUGCAAGGGGAUGUACUUGAGCCGUGCUCAUAGAAUUGCAUUGGGUAGACAUGAUGGGGUGAUUGUUGUGCAUGGUGAUGUAGUUGAGUUGGACACAAGAAAUGCACGGUGGAGUAGUUAGCUUAUGUUAAUUAAGGUGCAUGGUGAUGUAGUCGAGUUGGACUCGAGAAUGCAAAUAUAUGUGUUAGGGUUGAACCAUAUGAAUUGUUGUGACUAGGGGUCACGGGGUUUUGGGCUAUGUUUGAUAAACAAACCUUGGGCCUACGGGCCGACUACUUGACUUUAUAUAUAAAGUAAGUAUAUUUUAAAAAGGGGUAACUUGGGGUUACGGUCUAGAUUAUAUUAUCACCCUAUUUGAGGGUCUUGUGUUUGAAAUACUUGUUGUAUAUCUAUUAGAUGCCAUCCACACCAGCACUUUAUAGCCCUAUAGAGUGCUGACCCCUUAGGGGGCGUCCCACCACCAUUUUUCAGGUUGAGGCUAGAGCUUGUUUCCUGUGCUCGUUGCUUGAGAGAUCAUCUAGGAGGGAAGACUUGGUUCGUGCUUCCUCCAUUCGGUUUUUAAACAUUAAUAAACAUGCUCAUGAAUAUUUUACUAUAGAGCCUGCGUGCUCAUGUUAGCCACGUGUGGCAUUUGUUUUCAAACUAUGUUUUCCGCUACGUAUUCGAUUGCUUGUUAUGUUGUUUAUGGAUGGCUUACGUGUGAAUGAUAUUCGAGACGCCUUGUAUAAUAUGAAUGUGUUGGACUGCGGUUGACUAUUCGUAUUGUACGGCGGGUUGUUGACGUGUCCGGGGAGGUCCGGGGCGUGACACACAGAAUUCUCAGAUAUUUGAAAGGUUCUAUAGGGCAAGGCUUAUUAUAUUCCUCUACUUCCAAUUUACAGCUCAAAGGCUUUUCAGACGCUAACUGGGCAAGCUGUGUUGAUACCAGAAGAUUAGUCACAGGUUAUUGCAUAUGUCUAGGCAACUCACUCAUUUCUUGGAAAUCCAAGAAGCAAAAUACAGUUUCCAGAAGCUCUGCUGAAGCUGAAUAUAGAGCACUUGCUACUUCAGUUGCAGAAAUUCUGGGGUUAAUGCAGCUCUUCAAGAGUUUCAAGCUUCCUAUUUCAUCUGCUACUAUAUAUUGUGACAGUAAAUCUGCUCUAGCCUUAGCAGCAAAUCCUAUUCAUCAUGAAAGAACCAAGCAUGUGGAAAUAGACUGUCACUUCAUAAGAGAGUGGAUCCAAUCUGGUGUCAUUCACACUCUUUAUGUUCCAAGUCGUUUUCAAUUGGCAGACAUCCUUACCAAACCAUUAGGCAAAGAUACAUUUCAUUUCUUAUUAUCCAAGAUGAGUGUACAAAAUUUGUACUCUCCUCUUGAGGGGGGGUAUUGGAGCUCACAGAUAAAAGUCAACAAAGAGGAUACAUGCACACGUCAACAUACAGAAGAAAUAAAUAGAAGUAGCUAGAAUCUUUCAUACAGUUAGUUAGUUACAAAUUAAUUUGUAGCUCCUUUUUAAUGUGCGAACUCUGUAUCUUUCAUUUCUCCAAUAAUCGAAGUUCAGUUCUCUCCUUCUUCAUUCAUACUAGUUUCUUCUUCUGUAAACAUGGAUGAU